GUGAGUGGAGGUUAUCUGCAGACAACGGAGCACAGGAUAGUCGUGUCCAAGGCAGCCUUCAGCGGAAUUUUCCAAGUGAAACGCCUUUACAGCCGCACGCCGGGCAGCAUGGAGCGGGGCAGAGGCCUCGCCGCCGGCGCCGGGACGCUGCUCGCCCUGGUCUGCGCCUGCGCGCUGAGCGGGGCGUCGGGACGCUACAGCGCCGCCUGGACCAGCCUGGACUCGCGCCCGCUGCCGCAGUGGUACGCCGACGCCAAGUUCGGCGUGUUCGUGCACUGGGGGGUGUACUCCGUGCCCAGCUUCGGCAACGAGUGGUUCUGGUACCACUGGAAGUCGAACUCGAGCAGCUUCGUGGACUUCAUGAAGAGGAGUUACCCGCCGGGAUUCACGUACCAGGACUUCGCCAAGGAGUUCAAGGCGGAGUUCUACGAGCCGGACCAGUGGGCGGAGUUGUUCCAGAGCUCCGGGGCCAAGUAUGUGGUACUGACGAGCAAGCACCACGAAGGGUACACACUCUGGCCUUCACGGUACUCUUUCAGCUGGAAUUCUAAGGACGUUGGACCAAACAGAGAUUUAGUAGGAGAGUUGGCAUCAUCGAUUCGCAGGUUAACUGAUUUAAAGUUUGGCCUUUACCAUUCUUUGUUUGAAUGGUACAAUCCACUGUACCUUCAGGAUGAAGCUAACCAGUUUAAAACACAGAAGUUCGUGGACUACAAAACUUUACCUGAGUUGUAUGAACUGGUGGAGACGUACAGGCCCGAGGUGGUGUGGUCCGACGGGCCGAUGAACGCCAGCGACUCCUACUGGAGGUCCAGGAGCUUCCUGGCGUGGCUGUACAACGACAGCCCCGUGAAGAGCUCGGUGGUCGCCAACGACCGCUGGGGCAAGGGCGUCAAGUGCAAGCACGGCGACUUCUACACCUGCCGCGACCACUACAACCCCGGUCACCUGAUCCGGCACAAGUGGGAGAACUGCGACACCGUCGACAAGAACUCGUGGUCGUUCCGGCGCAACGCCAGGCUGGCCGACUACCACAGCGUGGAGGAGCUGCUGGCGCGCCUCGUGUCCACCGUCAGCUGCAACGGCAACUACCUGCUGAACGUGGCGCCCACCAAGGAGGGAGUCAUACCGCCCGUCUACGAGGAGCGGCUGCGGCAGCUGGGCGCGUGGCUGGCCCUCAACGGCGAGGCCAUCUACUCCACCGAGGCGUGGAGCCACCAGAAGGACGCCGCCUCCCCCGGCGUGUGGUACACCAAGAGCAAGGACGGCUCGUCGGUGUUCGCCUUGGUCCUGCAGUGGCCGAAGAACAACGUCCUGCACUUGGGCUCGCCCCGUUUGAGCGACGAGUCGAACGUCACGCUUCUGGGCAACAACAUGGCGCUCGAGUGGGCGCCUGCAUCGAGUGGCAUCAAGGUGACUUUCUGCAGCAGAGAAGACGCGAAGUCAGACUGGGCAUGGGCGCUGAAACUGACGAAUGUCACACACUGACACCAUCACUGCCACAAGACCGUCUGAGCUCAUGAACUGAUAUUUGAGCAAAUUUUCAUUCUGCGUCUUCCAUUUACACUCCAUGUUAUCUUUCCUGUGAUGAUUUCUUGGAAUUCAAAUACAUUUUACCGUGUAUUUAACCAA